AUGAACCUUACAGUUUUCGACCUCUUUGCUUAAAUCAAAGAAUUGUAUACUAAGUAAAGUUUAGAUGAAUUUCAUCAACGUUUCAGAGGAGAUGAUGAAUUCAAAAAAAUUUCUAAAUAAACUAAAAUUCAAAAGAGUCAGCUCGAUAGCUUGGAGGACAAGACAGCUUUGAUUACCAAAUUAAAAAAAAUCAUCAAUGAAAGUAAAACAGCACACAAAGAGGCUUUAUUCUCAGCAAAGAAAUUUGAGAUUGCUACCCAAGAUAAAGAAAAAGGUAAUUGUAACAAUCUAAAUCAAGUUUUAAAUGAAAAUUCAAAAUUGAAGAAUCAAAUUAAAACUUUAGAAACUUUCAGAAAUACUCAAACUAAUCAAUUAAAUGAAUAUUAAGAAAAAUACAGCAAAGUAGUUGAUGAGGAAAAAUAAAAGAAAACAGAGUUGGUUGAAGGAUUCCAAUAAGAAAUCAAAGACAUCUCCACUAAAAUGGAAGAAGUCUCUAAUGCCAAACACAAAAGUUAAGCUGAGAAUGAGGCUUUGAAAGAAAAAAUGAAAGAAAUUCAAGAACAUGUUGAAAAAAGAGAUAAAAUCUUCGAUGAAGAACUAAAUAAAUUAGAUUCAUAAAGAAAAGAAAGAGAAACCAAAAUAUUUGAAUAAAUUAACAAUAUAAGUUAAUCUCUGGGUACAUCUGAUGGCUCCGAAGAAUAAUUGCAAAAGAUUAAAGAAGAAGAAGCACUAGUGGAAGCUCAUUUGAAUCCACAUCUAUAGAAAGCAGAAGAAUUCCAAUAAAUUAUUGAGAAAACAAAUCAAUAAUUUAAUUUAUACAAAGGUGAAACAGAAAAACUCGCAUAAUCAUGUAGAACCUUUGAGCAGAAGUCUUAAGCUUGCUAAAGAAAAUGUGAGAAAUCAGACAUCUACAUUGUGGAAUAAGCGAAAGAGCAUUUAACUCUCUAAACUUAAUUAAAACAAAAAUAAGAGUAAGUAAAUUCAUUAUUAACACUAAAGUAAACAUUAUAAAGUGGUUUAAUAUGA